AUGCUUCGCAGUGAUUACGCGGCCACUCCGAAAACUUUUGCACACAUUGAACACAACAAUAUGACGGAAGAUACCGCUUUUCAAGCCGAUACUCGACGCAGUGCUGCAACGGCACAGCCACCGGCACCUUUACAAGAACUUGAUGAUACCUCAAAGCGAUUUACAUGGCGUCAAGUGCGGACACUUGUAAUCAGUAGCGCUGGGUUCUUUACUGACGCUUAUGACAUUUUCAUUAUCAAUCUUAUUACGCCCAUGCUUGGUUAUAUCUAUUAUAAAGAUAGUGACAACAAGAUGCCCAGCGGAAUACAAGGUCCUUUCAAAGGCAUGGUUUCAUUCGGUCAGCUCUGCGGCCAGUUAACGUUUGGUUUCCUUGGAGAUGCAUUUGGUCGGAAAGCCAUUUAUGGUUUGGAACUACUGGUCAUUAUUAUUGCCACCAUCAACUGUGCCACAGCAGGAUCCGCUGUUGAAGGUGUUGGUGCAGUUGGCUUUCUUGGAUUUUGGCGAUUCGUCCUUGGCUUUGGUAUCGGAGGCGAUUACCCAAUGUCGAGUACAGUUGCAGCUGAAUGGUCUACUGUCAACACACGAGGUCAAAUGGUUGCCAUGAUUUUUUCAAUGCAAGGAGUUGGCCAGAUUGUGGCUCCGUUAGUGACCAUGGUCGUGCUUGCUGCAUUCAAGUCAGCUAUCGAAGGAAAUAUAGACAACCUAGAUUAUGUGUGGCGGAUUUGCAUUGGCCUUGGCGCUGUACCUGCGAUCGCAACAGUAUACAGCCGCUUUACUUUACCAGAGUCACCUCGAUACGCAGCGAACGUCCAAAACGACACAUCGGGUGCCAAAUCAGCUUUGGAAUCAUUUCCGUCAUCUAGACAAAGGAGGAACCAGACACGCCAAGAUCAACAGCAACAACAAGUGGAUUCUGAGAGUAGAGACAAAUACUCACAUCCGUAUGAGGAUAUACAAAUGGAUCAGCUUGCAGCAGGAGAAGUCGAGCUACACCAUCCAGGCAGCAGUACCAGAAGCAAUAGCAACAUGAAACAAUCCGGCAUGGACUCGCCAACACUGGUCCCUCAAGAUAAUCGAGCCAAUAGCAUUUCCUCAGCAAAAACCAUGACUUCGCAGGACCUCGAAGCUGCUACGCAAAGGAAAUCACAGAGGCAAAUUCGUCAUGAAAAUUUUCAAGAUUUCCUCCAUUACUUUAGAAAAUGGAGAAAUCUUAAAGUGUUGCUCGGUGUCAGCUUGUGCUGGUUCUUCAUGGAUAUAGCAUUCUACGGUACAAAUCUCAAUCAAGCUUUGAUUUUAAGCUCCAUGGGAUUCGCACCCGAAAAUGAGCCUCCAUGGAAUACUCUGUUUAAACAGGCCAUUGGUAACCUUAUCCUGUCAGCGCUUGGUGCUUUCCCCGGCUAUAUUGCAACCGUUUUGUUAAUCGAAAAAAUGGGAAGAAAGCCAAUUCAGUAUAUGGGUUUUAUCGCAGUUGGCGUAAUUUUUAUCAUUCUCGGCGCUGUCUGGCAUCCGUUACAAGCAGCAUCCGUCGCUGGCUUUAUCGUACUUUUUGCAAUUGCUCAGUUCUUCUUCAAUUUUGGACCCAAUACAACAACGUUUGUUCUUCCAGCUGAAGUAUUUCCAACACGUCAUCGAGCCAAGGCACACGGAAUCGCUUCCGCUUCCGGCAAACUUGGUGCUAUUAUUGCCACAUUUGCAUUCAAUGCACUUGCUGAUGUCGGUGGCCCUGAAGGUGAAAGAAGCUUUUUACCAGGCGUAAUCAUCAUUUUCGGUGUGAUCAUGCUUAUUUGUAUUCUCUUUACCACAUGGAUUCCCGAGACAAAGGGGCGUUCAUUGGAAGAAUUUGAGAAUUAG